AUGACUGCAGCGGCAACGAACCUCUUACGCGGCCUCUUCUUGAUCGCGCUCGUGCUGCUCAGCGGCAUCUGGGCCACACUCGGCCGUCCCAUGGCCAUGUUUGACGCGCUUCUCGCUCCAUUCAGCGUGCGGCACUGGCGACGCCAUAUCCAGUAUAAAGUGGACCUCUACUACGCGAAGCUGACCAAAGACGAUCUGCAACGGCAGCUUCGAUCGGAACUGGUUGCAGAUUACGGCAACGAUGUUCUGAUUACGGCUCUGCGAGACGCGUCAAAAGGAGAGGGGGCUCUGUACCGCGGCUUCAUGAGGUUUGCCGUGACCGAUCCGUCAACUGGCCGGCGUGAAGACAUUAUGGGGCCACAUAUCAGCGCGGCAGAUAUCCUGUGGCGCUGCCUCUGUUACAAUGCACGAUACCCGUUCCCAGACGUCAAGCCAAGGGCAGACUACCCGCUGCUCGAUCUGGCUGACUGGACCCAAGCCAUUUCCCUCUUGGCCACAGACGCACACCAGAGCGUGGGCCGCAACCUAGAACAGCUGUCUGUGUACGGCACGACCAAAAACUGUGUCUGGCGCAGAUUUGCCAGUCUCGCAAUACGAGUGACAUCCACCGCGAGCACCCAAGGUGCGAACGGUGGAAUCACCGACGACGUCUGGUUGCCACCGGAUGAACUGGACAAUGUCGCCGAGAUUGUGGCCACCCUGCUGCCCGUGGACAUGCCUGUCGUUGGACCUCCGCUGUCGCAAAUCCGUCUCGACGUGCAGAGAGCAUUGGGCUGGAAAGCACCCGCCACACGGUCUUGUGACUUUGUCAUUCCACACGACGAUGUCGUCCGUCUGCUCUGCGCCAUCUUACGAGUUCGCAAGCCAGACGUCUGGAGUGAACGCCUUGGCAGUCAAACCGGGAUGAGCUUCGCCAAUGCCAGCGGUUCCAGGUAUUACGAAGCUGUAGCACGCAGUCUUCUUUUUGCUGGCGGUAUACAUGGAGACGCCCCGGUCUCCUUUGAUGCAUUUCGUGCCUUGUCGACUGACACCACAAAUGCAUGGUCGCUGGACUGGGAGAUCAAACUGCUCUGGCGCACCCUUUUCUCGCAACUUCUGACCGAUUCCGACUGUCACUCCGAUGGCGCUUCGCUGCUGCCUCUUGCUUCCCAGGCAAUCAACUUUCUUCAUCCUCUGUCACAGACCGGCAUGGACCACUACCUACACCGGCAGAAGAAUCUGACGUGCGUCUCACACGGCUGCGCGGACGUCCUCCGGGCACUCACUUGGCCGUACCAGCCAAAACUGGUUGUUGUCUGCGGCGCCUGUUCCCACGGCCCGCAAAUCGGCCAGGCGGCCGUGUAUGUCAUCACGACAUCGUCACCGCUGUGGUGCACCUAUACGACCGGUGCUGUUGACGAUUUUUAUGUCGACGACCAGCAUCUCCUGUUUGAACUGGCACCCAACCCUCGCGUCAUCCAAUAUUGCUCACCACCAAAAACGGCCACAUUUUCCGAGAUCGUGGACGUGGCCUCUCCGGACAUUGUCUCUUUUGGACAAAAGAACGGUUGUGGCCUCUCUUUGAACUUCCGCACGAACCUGGUAACGAUAUCGUACGAGACAGAAGGCCACACACAAAAGCACGGCGGCUACAACGAAAUACCCAUCGGCCCGCACCAAACCCCUCCGGAUCCCACACGUAUGCAAAAGUCAUGGACGUCAUCUGCACAUAUCGAAAGAAUCGAGCCUAACACGGCCUCGAAUCUCACGCAGGAGCGCGUGUCGACCGCAUACUAUCCCGCUGGGCUCAAACAGAGCGCCGGUCGUGUGAAUGCCGCAGUCUCGUGCUUUGCCCGAAUCCUCGUGGAGUGCGGUUACGAGCAGUGGGCGAGCAUUCUUUAG